CCGCGCCGCCGUCAGGCGCCAGGUGUCGGAGGUCAAGGCAGCGUUGGCAGUGGCGUUUUUUCCCCACCCGGAAGACGCGGUGCUGGAGCCCGAGACCGGUCCUUGUCGCGGUGGCGGGAGCCGGACUGGCCUCUGGUCCUCGCGUCGGCCCCGUGGAGCCGGACGCUGUCCCGGCGCGGCGGGGAGGAUGGUGCCGAGCGGCCCUGGUCCCACCGCGCGCCGCCGCGGGUGAGCUCUGAGCGGUCGCGGGCGUCCGCCGAGCAGCUGGCCGGCCGGGCCCGUUGCGGGCCGUUCCCACCGGGCAGGGUGGAGCUGAUCAGCAUAAUGUUCAACAUCAACCCCCUGGAGAACCUGAAGCUGUACAUCAGCAGCCGGCCUCCCCUGGUGGUCUUUAUGAUCAGUGUAAGCGCCAUGGCAAUAGCUUUCCUGACCUUGGGCUAUUUCUUCAAAAUCAAGGAGAUUAAGUCACCGGAAAUGGCAGAGGAUUGGAAUACUUUUCUGCUGCGGUUUAAUGAUUUGGACUUGUGUGUAUCAGAGAAUGAAACGUUAAAGCAUCUCACAAAUGACACUACAACUCCGGAAAGCACAAUGACCAGUGGGCAGGCCAGAGCAUCCACUCAGUCCCCACAGGCCCUGGAGGAUUCAGGCCCAGUUAACAUCUCGGUUGCCGUCACUCUAACACUGGACCCACUCAAACCCUUUGGAGGGUUCUCCCGCAAUGUCACCCAUCUGUACUCAACCAUUUUAGGGCAUCAGAUCGGACUUUCAGGCAGGGAAGCCCAGGAAGAGAUAAACAUUACCUUUACCCUGCCUGCAGCGUGGAGCUCGGACGACUGUGCCCUUCAUGGUCACUGUGAGCAGGUGGUGUUCACAUCCUGCAUGACCCUCACUGCCAACCCUGGUGUGUUCCCCAUCACCGUACAGCCACCGCACUGUGUUCCUGACACUUACAGCAAUGCCACGCUCUGGUACAAGAUCUUCACAACUGCCAGAGAUGCCAAUACAAAAUAUGCUCAAGAUUACAAUCCAUUCUGGUGUUAUAAGGGGGCCAUUGGAAAAGUCUAUCAUGCUUUAAAUCCCAAGCUUACAGUUAUUGUUCCAGAUGAUGACCGUUCCUUAAUAAAUUUGCAUCUCAUGCACACCAGUUACUUCCUCUUCGUGAUGGUGAUAACAAUGUUUUGCUAUGCUGUUAUCAAAGGCAGACCCAGCAAAUUGCGUCAGAGCAAUCCUGAAUUUUGUCCUGAGAAGGUGGCUUUGGCUGAUGCCUAGUCCUGCAACUGCCCUUUGUCUGAGAGAGACUGAGAACCAUAAUCAUUGACUGCUGAACCCAGCCUGGGCCUGGACACUCUGUGAAUACAUUAUCUUGCAAUGUUGGGUUAUUCCAGCCAAAGACAUUUCAAGUGCCUGUAACUGAUUUGUAUAUAUUUAUAAAAAUCUAUUCAGAAAUGGUCCAAUGAUGCACGUGCUUCACGCCGGGUGCAGCCAGAACUCUUCAGCCCCACCUGUGGACUCAGCAGGAUUGAUUGCACAUAGCACCAGAGAGGGUUCAUGAUCUCCCGGUAGUGGAGCACACUGUGCUGUCUUUAAGCAAGGUCACGGGCAUUUCGUUGCUGGUGGGGUUGAGGUUUGCUCUAGUUCUUGUUUCAGCCUGAUAUGUACAGAAUGUCCGAAACAGUCUGCACCAUUGAUAUGAUACUGCAUUUCCAGAACCACCAAUCCAUUUUGUGGAUUUUAUGUGUCUGUGGCCUAAUAAUCAUAGUAACAACAAUAAUACCUUUUUCUCCAUUUUGCUUGCAAGGAAACAUGCCUAUCUUUCUAAGUUUUUUUCCUUUGAAGAAAAAAUAAAAUAGUCACAUUUUAAUACUACUUUAGUUAGGACAGACUUGUGCUUUUAUCUUGGGUAAAGAGUUAAAUAUUUAAAAGCCACCUACAUGAUAAAGAUCUAAUUUUCAUUUUCCACAUGGAUGGUGAGGAACCUGGUCUGGUUUGAGCUGAACUGGACAGAAUGUUCCACUGUCGUUUGCUCCUCUUUCCUCCAUUACAAAAGUUAAAGCAGCUUCUUCACUCACAAGGGCUUAAAAAUUAAGUAAAUGACUCUAGAGAAGAACAGAAAAUAGCUAUUCUCUUUUCUGGAAUGCAGCUGAUGGUGUGGAAGGGGAAUAAUGAUUUGAUCUGCUAUUUGUGAAAUGAUUUCUUGCAUUCUUUGAAGAGGGAGUGGAUUUUCUUCCUUUUUCUUUUUUUUGCAUUUAUUUUUAUGCAAUUAACGUAUCUUCAGAAGGAAAAUGGUACCUGGUAAAUCAGUAACAUUAUGAAAAUGAUGCCUGUGAAAUUUGAAGGAAAGCCCUGACAGGCCAUUUAUCAGUAAAACCAAAAGCAUAUUCUUUUCUUUCCUAUAAUAUUUUGAUGAUCUAGAUCCUUUAUCCCUUUUUCCUUUGAAUCCAUCUUCAUUAUUUUAAAAAAUGUCAUCACCUUUUCCAGUCCUUUCUUGUUACUUGCAUUCUUACUGUUUCUCUUUUCCUUAAUACCCUUCGCCUUGAUAACUCACUGUCAUUAGUGACGUCUAUGUUUUGCCAAGCAGUGUUCUAGCAGAUGGGCAAUUAGAACCUUGGACCCGACUGCCAACAUUUCUUUCCUUUAACUCCAGGCCCAUAGUCUGUCCUAAGUUAGAAUCAGUCCUGCAGGUCUGAAAUAACCUUGCUGUAAAACAUUUUAUCCUAGGCAUUCUUGAGUGGAAAACAAGUGCAGGCUUUUACUGAAGAUCGUUGAAAGAAUCACUGUGGUGACUUGGUAUGUUAAUAUCCUGUGUUUUCCUUUCAGUACCUUUUAAGCACAAUAAUCAUACUUGUCUAUCCAGUUUUUUGUAUUAUAUAAGUUGCUUACAUGUUACAUGACUAACCUAUUAAUUUAGUUUUCUCUUUAGAGGCUUUGAGACUCUUAUGAGACAAGAUUGAGGAAGAGCCAUUUGGCUUGGUCUUGAGAAACAUCAAUAUGAAGGCCAACGAUUUUAGGUUAAGCUGCUACUGAAUAAAUAAAAUCCCAGUGAAGUGGAGUUAAGGAUAGGUUUAUAACUGGCAGAUAAUAUAGGAGGACAGGUGAAAAAAGUCAGUUUUAUUGGUUUGUUCAAUCCAGCUUGUUGGUAAUACUAAUUAUUAUCCUAGUUUUAAUUACAGGGAAUGGCUGGAAUCUGUUGUCAGGGAGGAAGGACAUGGUUAGGCAUGAGGAAAGGAAGUGCCAAAAAUGCCUGGACAGUGUGACUUGUCACAAGUCCAGGACACACACUUUAAAAUCCAAUAUUCACCCUAGCAGGUAAUUGUCAAAGAUCUUAGGGAGACCAGAGUCAGUCAGGUGUAUAAAGGAAGGAUGGAGAAGGGGAGGCUGUGGCACUGGGCGAAGAGGGCUAGUAACUGAAGGGACAGCCACUGAACCUCAGGAAGGUAGGUGGACCUGUUAUUAUCUGGGCACUAACAGAAGGCCCGAUCCCCCACUGUCUUGCUGGGGGACCUCAGGAUUAAAGAGUGUCACAGACAGGGCCCGUUUGCCACGCAGGGGUGACCCUGCGGAGGAGCACUGGCUUGUCCUCAGUCAUCUUGGACUGGAGGUCCAACAAAAGGUCAGCAACUUACUAUUAAAAUGGUGUUUCAGAUCAUAUUGAUCUCUUUCCUUUUUGCUUUUGUCCUUUCACUGUAUGACUUGAAUCAGUUUUGAUUCUAUUUGUAAGUUUUUCUUGUCAUUAGGAACCUGCCAUUUCUGUUGCAUUUUCUUUGGCGGUUUGUAGAGAUUCAGCAUCUUGGUUUCCGGGCCCCCUGCAGGCACCGUGGGGUCGCAAGGGCCAGUGCACCCAUUUCACUUACUGUGCUGCAUGAUGGUCAGUAGCUGAUCUGUUAUGGCAUUUGCUCCCAGAUUAAUUUUCUGUGUUUGAAUUAUGUGCAUAUGUGCUUUACAGAAUAAAACAUAUGAAUUUA